AUGUCAAACUCACAACCCCAAAAUCAUGAUAACGGCGUUACUGAUGAUUUAGAACUAGUAAACUCUUGGAAAAAUAUAAUUGAUGGUUAUAAAAACAUUUAUAAUAAUGAAGAUAUUGAAACAAAAGAAGAAACUAAAGAUACAGGAAAUGAAAAUGAAUUGAAAAAUGAUCAGAAUAAAAUUAAAGCUGAUUCAAAAGAUAGUAAUCCAAUUGAGAAUUCAAAAGAGGAAUUGGAUUAUUAA